GAAGGCAGUGUGCAGUCAUCAACUGGUUUUUUACUCGUGAAGACGUGUCCGUCCGCAGCCAAGGGGAUCAGAACGAAAGCUCAGAAAGCAAGAAUAACGGUGUCUUCACGCGCUUUCUGAUAGGCAGCAUUGAGUGACUUGUGCGAAAGUAUAGAACGGAUCAGAUUGUCAAGAUGAAGAAAAUCGUGCUGUUUUUCGCUCUUAUUGUGAUGGAAGUGAGAACCGAAGAAAGCCACUUCGAGCAAGAUCUGGGCGAUCAAUUUAAAAUAGACGCAUCAACGCACGGCUUGCAAAAGGUGAAUUUACGCUGCGGGGCUGACUCAAUGCGUGUCGAAUUGAAGACAGAAGAAGAUUUUACCGGCGUUAUGUACACCCGUGGCAGCUUUUACAAACAGUCUGAGCCAUGUUUCGUCAAGCCCAAGCGUGCCGGCAAAUCGCUGGAAAUGAAAUUCAACCUGGAUCAAUGCCAGACCAUCAACAACGACCAGGUGUACUCCAAUAUCGUUGUAGUGCAGCAUGACCCUGACCUCGUUACACCUGGGGAUGCCGCAUUUGCCGUCGAAUGCGAUUUCCGCAAGCCUCGCGGAGUUACCGUUACUUCGCAGUUUCAAGCCAGAGAUAGUUUUACACCCACAUCGAGAAUAACACUGACAAGCCCCGAUCCGUCGACACCUACGCAAGAUCAUGAUGAAACGAACUCAGUGUUUAGUGAAACUGAUACGGUUACAUUCAUUCCGAGCCACUUCAACAACCAAACCGCCGAAGAGAAGCGAGUGAAGGGCUCGGUGGAAACCGUUGAAGUUUCCUCUAACAGGAUCUCCGAUGAACUUUGAAAGUGUUUUGGGAAUGGUUUAUGUUAUUUAAAUUAUUAUUAUUUAUUACGCUUGCAAAAUACAUUCUAAAUAAACUUUCUUCUUUUUGUAUGUUUCAGGCCAGUAUUAGAAAAAGUAAACGCUACUCCUUCGUAUAACUAAGUGUUCGCUUUAGCUACAUCUAAUUCCGUAGAUUGCCAAAACAUGACUGAUUACACCAACUUAACUGUAAGACUUCGCAAUGACUACAUUUUCGUACGAAAACUAACCGAACUAACAAGAAUUACCAAUAGCAUGUUACUGUCUGCAACACACCGUAGUGUAAAGUAAGUUUAGAGUAGCCAGAAUUGUUAACAAGCAUUCACUAAUGCAAAUUAUCACUGUUAUAAGUGAGCAUUGAAAGCUGAGAGAGUGGAUUGUAUGAGUGGAUGGAUGAGUGAGAGUACUGAAGAAAAGCAAAUAAAGGUAUUAAAAUUUCUUUAUUAGAAAUGCAUCAUGUUCAUAGGUGUUGUGUUA